CGGAGGCGGUCAUCCCCAUGACUGUUACCCUUAAAACGUCUACUUUUUAUAGUCUGGCAACACCAGGCAGCUGAUUUCAAGUCUUUAUAAAAGCAGUUUGAAAUCUGGGUACCUCAUUGGCGUCUUAUUUUUCGCUAGGAGCGGUCGUCCCUGAUAAACACUUCACGGUCAGGAUGCGACUACCAACGUGUUUGUUGCUAAUGCUUGGCUUAGCGUGGACGGUGGGGUGUGUCAAAAUGCCAUCCAUCGAAAGUCCCGUACAAGGUUUCUUGAAGACUGUCAACAAUGCUAUACCGCUGUUUAGAGACAUAUUCAACAGCGUUUAUGAGAAUGUGAAUGUAACAGCGUUUCGCUCUGCAUUGAAAGAAGCAGUCAGUAUGGUGGAUGCUGUAUUCCCAUCUCAGCCCCCAAAAGACGUACCUGAGCGUUGGUGGGGAGAAAACGACCCUAAAUGCGAAGACACUUGCAUCCGGCCGUUUACUGUGCAGUUUUCUGACGAGAUGAUUUCGGACCUGCGCGCCCGUAUUCACGGCAGACGCAAACUGAAGCGUACUCUUCACGGCGCUGCGAACAGUUUUGGUACGAACAGCGAAUACCUCGGCCAGUUCCUCGAGCAGUGGGCGGACCAAUACGACUUCAGGGCUAGGGAACGCUGGCUCAAUAGCUUCCCUCAGUUUAUCACUAAUAUACAAGGUUUAGAUAUUCACUACAUCCAUGUGAAGCCCCACAACCCCCACAACAAGAAAGUGUUGCCGAUACUGUUGCUGCACGGGUUCCCUGUGACCGCGUUCGAGUACGUCCACGUCAUAAACUUCCUCAAGAAGGAUCGAGAUGACUCCGACUUCGUAUUCGAGAUCGUCGCACCAGACUUGCCUGGCUAUGCGUAUUCACAGGCUACGUCCAAGAUCGGAAUGGCUCCCUACCAAAUGGGUAUAAUCAUGAAGAACCUUAUGCUGCGUGUGGGCAAGUCACAAUUUUACAUCCACUGCGGGAAUAUCGGACAAGACGUUGGCUCCACCAUGGCAGUCCUGUUCCCUGGCAGAGUGUUGGGAAUACACACUAACUUCCCUUUUAGUUCUCGACCACAAACGAUUACGAAAUUGGUGCUGGGACAGCUGUACCCGCCCUCUGUAGUGGAGGCAAAGAACGAAGAUAAAAUGUACCCGUUAUCGGCUCACCUGAAGGAUUACAUGGACAAUUUCGGUUACUUCGCUCUGCAAGCUUCUAGGCCAGAUAAUAUAGGGCAUGGCCUGGACGAUUCUCCCGUCACACUAGCAUCCUGGUUCCUCGGUAACAUGGCCAUGGGCACAGAAGGUCCAAAAAGCGUGUUUAUCGACAACGGCAAUCUUUCUGCUAAGUACGACAUGAACGAUUGGUUCGAUACUUUCACCGUCCACUGGGCAUGCGAGAGUAUGACUACUGCCGCUCGAUCCUAUAAAGAGUCCCAAGCAAGAGACAAAGAUUCGAUUUUAAAAGCUUUAGAAUUGAGCCAAUCGCCAGUUCCAUACGCCGCCAUCAAGUUUCGCCAUGAGAUGGUCUACAUGCCGGAUGACUUCCUCCGUGACAAGUUCCCCAAUCUGGUCCACUCCACCACGCUAGACUUCGGAGGGCACUUCGCCGGCUUCGAGGAGCCAGCGGUGCUGGCUGACAGUAUUUGGACCUCCGUGGCCAAGAUGGAGCUGUAUCAUGAAAAUAAAACAUCGACUAACUAGACAGCAUAGCAGAUGAAGCAAAAUCUUACGCCGUGGCUUGCGUGGGCGACGGUCGCGCGAUGGUCGCGCGACGGUGAUGCGACGCAUACGAAA